AUGAGUACUUCUCAGAGAGCUUUGGGUGCCUACAGACACGGUCUAAGGGCAGCGCGUAUUGCCUUCCAAGGUGAUACCACUAUGCUCAACGCUGCAAGACUAAAGAUGAGACAAGGUAUGGAGAAACCGAAUCCUGAACUGUCAAAGGAUCAACAGAUCUCCCUCAUGGAAGACGUGGCUCUCUUCUUGAGAAGAAAUCUAGUCCAAGGUAAAAAAAUUAAAGAAUCUACAACUACUUCAGAUGGUAAAGAUGUAUAUCGCUUGAAUAUCCAUAAGGAUACCGAAUUGGGUGAUAACGAUACUGUUAAAAAUGCAAAGACUACAUUGAAGGCAAACGGAGGUGUAGGCUGCUGUGGUGGAAGUGGCGCUGCCUCCAAAUCUUGA